AUGGAGACGCAGGCGGAGCCUCGCCGUGCCAAGAGAAGGAAACCGGAGGUAUCCAAGAGCCCCGGCCAGGAGAGUGAAGCAAACAUCUCGUCGCUGGCGCCUGAUUCCUGUCCUCCUGGAGCCGGAGGAGUCGUAUCCCCCAUCCAAGAUCCGCCGCCUGGAGCCGGAGCAGAACAAGAAGAUGGGGUCGACCGAAUCAGCCUCCUCCCGGACGCCAUUCUCGGUGAGAUCAUCUCUCUCCUCCCCACUAAGGAUGCCGCCCUUACCCAAACCCUCGCCGCCCGGUGGCGCCAUCUCUGGCGCUCCGCCCCUCUCAACCUUGACGGCAGCGACCCCCUCACCAUCGAUGCCGUCUCCGGCAUCCUCUCCGCCCACCAGGGCCCCGGUCGCCGCUUUCGCUUCCCCGCACAACGACUACAGGACCACCCCGCCACUGUGGAUGCAUGGCUCCGAUCCCUCGCCCUCGACAACCUCCAGGAGAUUGACUGCUGGAUCGGCUUAUUUGCGACGGAGGUGUUGCAACCGCCACCGCCGCCGGUGUCUAUCUUCCGGUUCUCGUCAUGCCUUUGCGUCGCCACUCUCAGCCAAUGCCACAUCUCUGACGACAUCACCCAGGCGCUUCAGUUCCCCCAGCUCAAGAAGCUCGCACUUCAACGGGUCAUCAUUUCGGAGGAUUCCCUGCAUAGCAUCAUUGCUGCUUCUCCCGUCCUCGAGUGCUUCCUGCUUAGCAGAAGCGUCGGCUUCCGCUGUGUCAGGAUCAACUCAGCUAGCCUUACAAGCAUUGGGGUGGGUGCUAAGUAUGAACCAACAGUGACAUUCUUAGAAGAAUUCAUCGUCGAGGAUGCCCCUUGCCUUAAAAGGAUUAUGUAUCAUCAACAACGAGGGAUUAACAUGCAACUGCAAGUGUCAGUUAUUUCAGCACCCAAUCUGGAGACCUUGGGUUGCCUAAAUCAUUUUGAUUUCUCUUCAAGACUCAAGUUGGGCUCUAUGAUUAUUGAGCCAUGCCGCAAAAAGGAAUUCCGGGUCAUUAACUCGACAACGCCGGCAUGUACUGUCAAGAUUUUAGCAGUCCAUAUUAAAAAUCUUAACCUGGAUGCGAUUAUUGACUUAAUGAGAUGCUUCCCAUGCUUGGAGAAGUUGUAUAUCAAGGCUGAGCAGAGUGGAAAAUCUUGUUGCAAAGGCUACUGCCGCUGCCUCAUCAUGAGUACUGAUGAUACACUAGAAAAGGAAGCGAAGCGCCCUACCAGCGCUCUCUGUAAUUCUGUUAAUAAAGUAGAGCUAGUGUGA